AUGUUCAUCGGUAGAAACUCAGCUAUAUUAAGGAAAUUCAGAUUGGUAAACUACAACGUUCACCAGUUACUACCACGACUACAACUACACACACACACAACUAGUAGAUCAUACGUGUCAAACCAGCAUAAGAUGACAGAAGCACCCUUCGAAAACCUGUUUGCAAAGAUUGACCAGCUCAAACCCCGGUUCAUUGAGCGUCUCUCCGAGGCAGUUGCCAUCCCUGCAGUGUCUGCAGACGAAAGCCUCAGACCAAUGGUGGUGAAAAAAGCAGAGUUUUUCAGAAACCAGCUUGAACAGCUUGGAUUCCAGGACAUUCAGAUGAGAAAGCUAGGCAUCCAGCCUCCACCUGUGGAAAACCCAAAUCUUGAGCUGCCACCUGUGGUUUUGGCUCGCUACGGAAAUGACCCUGCCAAGAAGACAGUGCUUUUGUACGGCCACUACGAUGUCCAGCCUGCAGCUUUGGAAGACGGAUGGCUCUCAGAGCCGUUCAAGCUUGUCGUGGACGAGGAAAAACAGCUCAUGCGUGCUAGAGGCUCGUCAGAUGAUACUGGGCCUGUUCAAGGGUGGCUAAAUGUGGUAGAUGCGCAUCGGGAAUUGGGACUUGACUUGCCUGUCAAUCUCGUGACCUGCUUCGAAGGUAUGGAAGAGUCCGGCUCCAUAGGGCUGGACAAACUGAUUGCAGAAGAGGCAAACAAGUAUUUCAAAGACGUGGAUGCCGUGUGCAUUUCUGACAAUUACUGGCUGGGAACCAAGAAACCGGUUCUUACUUACGGACUAAGAGGCUGCAACUACUAUCAGAUCAUAGUGGAAGGUCCUGGCGCUGAUUUGCACUCCGGUAUCUUUGGAGGUGUUGUUGCAGAGCCAACGAUCGAUCUGGUCAAAAUGUUUGCGUCUCUUGUGGACUCGCAAGGCCGGAUCCUGAUCGACGGCGUCAACGAAAUGGUCGCACCAGUCACUGAAAAGGAAAAAGGCCUAUACGAAAAGAUUGAUUUCACGCUCGAGGAGAUGAACGCGGCGUCCGGGUCGCAAACUUGUCUAUAUGACAACAAGUCCGACAUUCUCAUGCACAGAUGGAGAUAUCCUUCGCUUUCGAUCCACGGUCUCGAAGGUGCAUUUUCGUCGCAGGGUGCCAAGACUGUCAUUCCCGCCAGAGUCGUUGGUAAAUUCUCGAUUCGUACUGUCCCGGACAUGGACUCUGCCAAACUCGACAAGCUUGUGAUCGACCACUGUAACAAGGUUUUCCAGUCCUUGGGUUCGCCAAACAAGUGUAGAACUGAACUGAUCCACGACGGCAACUACUGGGUGUCUGAUCCCUUCAAUGCCUCGUUCACUGCCGCUGCCAAGGCUACAAAGGCCGUCCAUGGCGUCGAACCUGAUUUCACACGUGAAGGUGGAUCUAUCCCAAUCACUUUGACAUUUGAAACUGAGCUCAAGACCAACGUCAUACUUCUUCCUAUGGGCAGAGGCGACGACGGUGCCCACUCCAUUAAUGAAAAAUUGGACUUGAGUAAUUAUAUCCAGGGUAUGAAGACCAUGGCUGCGUAUUUGCACUACUAUGCCGCGUCUGAGACCAAAUAG